AUGGACGGAAAUCGGUUCAGUAUUGAAAAGCUGAUGAGCGGAGGAUACGAGUCCUGGAGGUUAAAGUCCGAGAUGCUCCUGAUUCGAGAGAACCUUUGGAGAUUUGAGAGCGGCGUUGCAACGGAACCUACUACGGAUGCCUGCAACGAAGGCGAUGUGAAGGCAAGGACAACCAGAGCACUUCUGGUGGAAGAUAGCCAACACCCCGUUAUCAGGAACUGCAAAACUUCAAAGGCUGCGUGGGAGACAUUGAAGCAUUAUUCACCAGAAUCAGAUGAUGUCCUCAGCCACAUUCCUCCGUUUCCGGUAGACACCAAGGUGCUGCCACCGUUAUACAUCAUCACGCCUACCUACAGGCGACCGGAACAGCUAGCCGAAAUCACCCGGCUCGGCUACACCCUGAAGCACGUGCAGAACCUCUUCUGGCUUAUCGUGGAAGAUGCGGACAAGCGGACGGAAUCCGUGACCAGGCUUCUCCGGCAGAUAAACGUUCCCUUCGUCCAUCUCACGGCUCCCAUGCCGGCCAAAUAUCGUAAGCUUAAGGUGAAACCACGAGGCGUGUCCAACCGGAACCGGGGGCUGCAAUGGAUCCGGGCCAACGCCACCGAUGGGGUGCUGUACUUCGCCGACGACGAUAACACCUACAAUUUGGAAAUCUUCGAGCAGAUGCGACACAUCCGGAAGGUGGCCAUGUGGCCGGUGGGGCUGAUUUCGAAGUACGGCGUCAGCAGUCCCAUAGUAGUGAAUGGAACCAUCACCGGGUUCUACGAUGGAUGGAUCGGUGGCCGGAAGUAUCCGAUCGAUAUGGCUGGUUUUGCCGUCAGUGUCCGGUUCCUGUUGAAACGACCCAAGGCUGAGAUGCCCUUCAAGGCCGGCUACGAAGAAGAUGGCUUCCUGAGAAGCUUAGAUCCGCUGGAUCUGAAGGAAAUCGAACUGUUGGCGUCUAAUUGCACCGAGAUACUAACGUGGCAUACUCAAUCAAAGAAAAAUCCCCCGGCACUUCAGCUGAACAAGACGAAGUACGGAUCAACGAACCUGGUGAAGCUAACCCAAAUACUAGUUUAAGAGGAUUCAAAUGCAAGGAAUUGCGGGAGAAUGUCACCAGAUUUAAUUUAAACCAGGGGAAUUGCAAUAACUCUGAAUGCCACAUUGAGAAUUGAAUGUCGAAGUAAACAUAAGAUCGACAUCUUACAGGUGCUAUUUUAAAAAGAAUUCAAUCGAAAAAGUAUCAAUCAUAAACGCACUUACUCUUUUAAAGCCCAAAUUCUUUUCCAA